AUGUUCGUUCCAAACAAGGUCCUAUCGCCCGAGAACAUCGGUACCAUUGAAGUUUUCGGUGUAUCGCUCUCCACCAACACGCAGUCGGUCAUGAUCGCGCUCAAGGAGCUCGGCAUUGCGUACCUUCAUCAUAACACGAUGCCAAACUCGCCGGAGCUCCACACGCUUUCUCCGUUUGGUGCCAUCCCUGUCUUGAUGCACCGCCCCAACGGCAUGUACUCUGGGCGUGACAGUGUCGCGCUCUACGAGGUGCUCGCUAUUUCGCGCUACAUUGACGAGAUCCUCUCGGAGCAAGAGAGCAACGACCCGUCCGUCCGCAGUCUCCUUCCGCGUCUUCCCCAGUCGCACACCCGCUCUUACGCUGACAAAGCCCUGACUCGUGUUGAGAUCGAGCAGAUGUGCGCUGUGAUUAUCCACCGUGUCCAAACCGUCGUCGAAGACGAAUACGUGAAGCCUUACUUUGCGCUUCGCAACAAUGGUGCCUCUGCCGCGGACAUCGAGGCAGGUCUCGGCGAGGGCUUGCAGGCUGCUGAGGGUGUUCUCAUGCUGCUCGAGGCGGUGAUCAACCAGUCGCAGAAACACCUCAACAUUGCCGGCGCCGAUUACAUGUUUGGCUCGAACGUGACGUGGUCUGACAUUUUCCUCUUCCCCAUCCUGCGCGACUUUAAGGCGACCAAACCUAGCAUCCUCCAGGGUGACUCGAGCUCGAGACUCCCGUGGCUCACUGGCUGGGUUUCUCGCUUUGAGCAGCGCCCGAGUGCGGCGGCUACACUUCCUGGCACAUUUGCCGCGUCCGCUUAA